AUGAGGGCCGCUCUUACUGCAGCCUUGGGACUGCUCUCCUCCUCCGUCUUGGUCACAGCCCAGACGUACACCAGUUGCAAUCCGACCGAGAGCACCUGCCCCGCGGAUACUGCCUUAGGUCAAGCUGAUGUCACUUACGACUUCACCUCUGGUGCCUCAGAUCAGUUCUCUGCCUCCGGAACCAUCACGUACGAUGACACCAACGGUGCCACCUUCACCGUCGCCAAGAAGGGUGACGGGCCCCUGAUCCAGUCCGGCUGGUACAUCAUGUUCGGCAGGGUCGAAUACACCAUCAAGGCUGCUCCAGGAACGGGCAUUGUUAGCAGUGCUGUACUGCAGUCUGACGAUCUUGACGAAAUCGACUGGGAGUGGCUCGGAGGCAAGAGCUCCCAAGUCCAAACCAACUACUUCGGCAAAGGAGACACGAGCACCUACAACCGCGGCGCAUUCCACUCAAACCCUGACAACCAGAAUGAAUGGCACACGUACUCCAUCGACUGGACCAGUGAAGAGAUUGUCUGGGCCAUUGAUGGCGUCACUGUUCGCGCCCUCACGCCCGCGACGGCAGACACCAACCAGUACCCCCAGUCUCCCAUGAUGAUCAAGGUCGGCGUUUGGGCCGGUGGUGAUUCCGACAAUGCCCAAGGAACCAUUGAUUGGGCUGGUGGUGUGACCGAUUACAGCCAAGGUCCUUUCAGCAUGUACAUGAAGAAGCUGGUCGUGACCGACUACUCGACCGGCAAUUCAUAUAGCUACGGCGACAAAUCUGGCACCUGGCAGUCCAUUGUCUCUAAUGGAGGCAAAAUUAAUGGCAACAGUGCCGAUGAGCCCACCGAGACCCAGUCCGCUCCCACUAUCACGUCGACCGCCUCUGGAAUCCCAAUUCCUUGGAGUGGAACACACAAGGAGACCUCGACUUGGACCACCCCCGAUGUCUGGCCCUGGGUUGCUACCGGCUCAUCCUCGGUUUCUACCUCUCUGCCUAGUGGUUGGGAAUCUGCCUCUGGCCGCAUUUCACCACCUGGCGGGAGCUCAAUGAGUGAGCAACCCCUUGUACCCUUCCUGAGGAGGACCCUUGAAUCAACCACUAAGACCGAGUCAUCUCCACAGUCUACCUUCCAAUCUACCUCAGUAUCCUGGGCUUCAUCAUCGGCUGCCUUUUCCCCUUCUGGUCUUGAGACCUCCUGGGGCAAUGUGACCCGUCUUGCUCCCAGCACGACCUCGAAGAAAACCAAGACGAAAACCAAGACUACCAAGACUACCAAAACUACCAAGACUACCAAAACUACCAAGACGAGAGCUAAGACCACGCCCACCAAGAACAAGGAGCCUGCCACUACUCCAUCCUCAACCAUUGCUCCUGCGGUGAACGGCGGGACCAGCCCGCGUGCUCCAGCCAUUCUGAGCCGUUUCUGCGCUCUGAUCGGC